GAGCGUGCGCAGGGAACGGGUGCGCGCACAGCUGAGCUAGGAAAGAAGGAGAGGCCGUAAGGAGCCAAUGCAUGACAAUAAGUGCUGUACCGCAUCACGACUACCAACGUGUCGACUGCUGUUGACGUUGCUGAGUUAGCAAAAACAAGCCGCAAGAACACACAGAAGCACUCACGGUCAUACAAGCGGCAUCUCAGGCCUCUGAGGUGAUUGUCCGCUCCACCACUAAGACUGCCCAAGAGCUCCCAGACACAGCGGUCAGAGAGGCCAAAGGUUUGCUGCUGAGCCAAUCCGAGACAACGCCAAGACUGGCGGGAUCCAAUCCGAAGAGAGCGAUGUUGAAGCAAGGCGAGGGGGUGGGUCUGGCAACAUGGCCACUCUUCUUGCUCUUCCUGAGGACCGUAUCAUCCAUCGAAGUUCCGCUUGAUCCAAAGAUCCAGCAAGACAUGAAGCAACCUCCUACCAUUGUGAAACAGUCUCCAAAGGACUACAUUGUAGACCCUCGAGAUAACAUCAUCAUUGAAUGUGAGGCCAAGGGGAACCCGCCACCAACGUUCAUGUGGCAGCGGAAUUUGCGGUUCUUCAACGUGGGCAAAGUGCAGCAUGUGACGCAGCGGAAGCCUUCGGGCACCCUGGAGAUCUCCUUCCGCAACGGUGGCCGGCCUGAGGACUACGAGGGCGAGUACCAGUGCUUCGCCUCCAACGACUUUGGCACAGCGAUGUCCAAUAAGAUCCUGCUGCGAGUCUCCAAGUCUCCACUGUGGCCGAAAGAGGUCCUGGAGCCCAUUGUGGUGACGGAGGGUAGCUCGCUGGUGCUGCCCUGCAACCCGCCGCCUGGCCUGCCCCCACCCAACACCUUUUGGAUGAACAGCGGCAUGAUGCCUAUCCGACAGGACGCUCGUGUGUCCAUGGGGCUCAACGGGGACCUGUACUUUUCCAGCGUCCUGUCCAAGGACACCAGCACCGACUACAGCUGCAACGCCCGCUUCCUCUUCACCCACACCAUCCAGCAGAAGAACCCCUACUCCCUCAAAGUGCACACCAAGCAACCUGACAAUAAUUCCUCCUCUUUCAACUUGACUGACCUGUAUGACGCCCGUCACCUGCCCGAAACAUCGCCCAGCUUCCUGACGCCCUCUGGGCUGGUCAGCUCCAAGAUGGUGUUACGCGGGGAACAGCUGCUGCUGGAGUGUAUCGCCGCCGGAGUACCCACUCCCAGUAUUAAGUGGUUCAAGAAGGGCGGCGACCUACCAAUGAGGAGGGUCAAGCUGGAGAGCUUCAACAAGACGCUGCGCAUCAUCAAUGUGUCAGAGGAGGACUCAGGCGACUACAUCUGCAUGGCCAACAACAAGAUCGCCAGCAUCCAGCAUACGAUAGUCGUGCAGGUCAAAGCUGCUCCAUACUGGCUGGACAAGCCACAGAACCUUGUCCUUGCUCCAGACGAGAAUGGACGCAUGACUUGCAUCGCCCACGGCAACCCAAAGCCCACAAUCCAAUGGCUGGUGAACGGGGAGCCUAUAGAGAUGUCUCUAGCAAACCCGAGUCGAGAGGUGGAGGGCGACACCAUCAUAUUCCGCCGGGUGUUGAUGGGAGGCAGUGCCGUGUACCAGUGCAACGCCUCCAAUGAGCACGGCUACCUGCUGGCCAACGCCUUCGUCAACAUUCUGGACAUGGCGCCGCGGAUGCUCGGACCCAAGAACCAGCUGAUCAAAGUCAUCAAGAACCAAUUAACCUUCCUGGACUGCCCUUACUUUGGCUCACCGAUUCCCACCCUGCGCUGGUUCAAGAAUGGUCUGGGCAGCGGGCUAGACGGCGGACACUACCGGGUCUACGUCAACGGCUCUCUGGAGAUCAAACGGGCGCUAGCGGAGGACCAGGGCACAUAUACCUGCGUGGCCAGCAGCAUCCUGGGCAAGGCUGAGAACCAGGUCCGCCUGGAGGUCAAAGAGCCCACCCGCAUAGUGAGAGCCCCUGAACAUGUGUCCUCUACUCGGGGAAGCUCGGUUCGCUUCAACUGCCGCAUCAGCCACGACCCCACCCUUAACAUUCAUGUCAACUGGUUGAAGAAUGACCAGCCAUUCAGCUACGGAUGGAGGAUUACGAAGGAUGAAGAGUCUCUGACCAUAACCAACAUCAACGAGGGAGACCAGGGCACCUACACCUGUCUGGUCAAGACUGAGAUAGAUGAGGACGUGGCCUCGGCACGCCUUACUGUUCUUGAGGAGGAAUCCUUGUCUCCCUCCAAUCGUAGUCCCAUGCAAGCAGACCGGCCAGAGUCUCCCAAAGAUCUGGAGCUUUCGGACCUGCUUGCUCGCAGCGUCCGGCUCACAUGGGUACCUGGAGAUAGCAACAAUAGCCCCAUCACAGAGUUCCUGGUUCAGUUUGAGGAGAACCGCUGGGAGCCGGGCAAGUGGCAGAACCUGUCCAGUCACCCGGGCAACGUGAACUCGGUGCUGCUGGAGCUGUCCCCAUUCGUCAACUACCAGUUUCGGGUGAUCGCUAUCAACAGCGUGGGCCAGAGCCAGCCCAGCAGGCCCUCCCUGCGCUACCAGACCAGCGGAGCACCUCCAGAUAUUGCUCCUGAGGACAUCAAAGGCAUGGGCUCCAAGAAGAACAAUAUGGAGAUCACCUGGAAGCCUCUCUCUGACAUUCAGAGGAAUGCCCCCAAUAUUGUUUAUGAGGUUUCAUGGAAGAAGAAGGACACAGAGGAGUGGAACAUCGUCAACACCACCCAAGCCAAAUAUGUGGUUCACGACACGGAGACCUACGAGCCUUUCCACAUCAAGGUCCAGGCCAUCAACGACUUCGGCCAAGGCCCAGAGUCUGGGAUGGUGCUGGGCUACUCUGGCGAGGACUAUCCUUCUGCAGCCCCAGCCCACCUGAACGUGUCAAAGAUUGACAGCACCAAAGUCAACAUGCAUUGGGACCCUGUAGACCCGAGCACCGUCCAUGGGGAGUUCAAGGAAUACAGGUUGUACUACUGGAGGGAGAGCAGCCUGGUGAAGGGCCUGAAGGUCAACAAGGAUAAGAAGACCAAGGGCUUCUUCAGUUCGUCCGGCACGGGCAUCCUCACCGACUUGGUGCCCUUCAGCCUGUACAAGAUGUACAUGGUGGUGGCCAACAGCCGCUAUGAGGGCCCACCCAGCAACACGGUGGAGUUCAAGACCAGACAAGGAAUUCCAGAUGCGCCCAGGUUCUUCAAGAUCGUCCGGAGGAGCUCCAACACCAUUCACCUGCAGUGGGACAAGCCUCUGGAGCCCAAUGGGAACCUAAGCGGGUACACGUUGAAGUUCUUCACCGUGAAUGGGACACAGGUGGGCAAAGAGCAGGUGAAGAGCUUCCACCCCAACGUGACAUCGUUCGACUUGCACGUUCCUGACCGCCACACACGCUACAAGUUCUUCCUGGCGGCCUUCACGCCGGCAGGGUCAGGGGAGGUCAGCUCCGACGAGUCGCCAAACUUCUCCAACGAAGAACUAUAUACCAGCUCAGUUGAGCUCACAGAUGACGUGGUGGCUACAACUGUUCCCGUACCAGUUCCCACUACCAUCCCAACAACAACUACAACCAUUAGUACCUCAACAACUACAACAAUUAGUACCUCAACAACUACAACCGUUAGCACCUCAACAACACCCCACGCCCGCAUGGUCCCAAAAGUACUGGCCACCCCUCGGGAGAUCUGGAAUCUGACGGUGGAGCCUAACAGUAACUAUGCUAACGUCAGCUGGGAUCACAACUUCCAUGCCGACAACAGCGAGUUUGUGCUAGAGUACACCCUGCAAAGUAACAAGACAGUGAAGACAGUGGCCGUUAAGCACAAGUCCCACAUUAGGUUGGCGGGUCUGGUGGAGGGGGCCAAAUAUCAGCUAAGGGUGUUCUCACUCGUGCAAAACCACAUCAGCAGCCCGUACGUCACCUUCGAGACCAGUCGAGCGAUCACAACGGACAGCGUGGACAUCGCCACGCAGGGCUGGUUUAUUGGCCUGAUGUGUGCCAUCGCCCUCAUCAUCCUCAUCCUUCUCAUCGUUUGCUUCAUCAAGAGGAGUCGAGGAGGAAAGUAUCCAGUGAGGGAUAAAAAAGACCUCCCUCUAGAUGCCGUCGAUCAUAAGGACCAGGACGGAUCCUUUGACUACCAGUUCUACAGAGCCCUGGGCUCACGACUGUCUGUCUUUGUGUCACAGCUCACUAACCUUAAUCCUUUUAAACCAAAAGAAUAAAAGCUGCCCAUCACUUACAACAUAACAUGUAUGAUGUAUCUGAAAAUAUAUAUUACAUUAUUUUUUAUAUGGCCUCAGUCAGGUUUAGAUAGAUAGUAGAUGGAAGGUUGUGAUAGAUGGCCCACAUUACAUAGCAAAAUAAGUUCUCAUCUUGUGUAACAACAAGCCAUUUCCUCUAAAUGGAGCCAGAUCCAAAACCUCUAGCAUCCUUAGCUUUUCUUUAUGGCAAGGUCAGAGCUGUCUGUGACAGAAUUACUGAGAAAUCCUUACGCCUUUCAACUCCUUAUUCAAGUGUUGCCAUCACUGUGACAUUUAGACCAUUCCACGUGUGGUACUUAGAGAGGGAUUCUCCUCUCUGCCAUUUCAGCCUAUCAGCUGUCCCAGUUUUGCAGCCUCUCAUCUCGAACGGUUCCUGUUAUGUCAGCUUUCCCUCAGGAACAUAGGAAAGCCCUUGGUUGGCUCAUGGCCACCUUGUUAUGCUCGGUUCUCUCUACCCAGUUUAGUGCUAUCUCCUCUUUCCAGAUUUGUAUAGGUACCCCAUAAGGCAACUAAACCCUGUGCCUGGGACAUAACAUUUUGUGUUUUUCCAUUCGGUAAACCUUUUCCAUAAUUUACUUACAGCAUGUGAUGUUCCCCUCCAACUAUAUACGCAUAAUCAUCAAGUUUUGGAUUUGAGUGGAGAACAUUUACUACCCAAGAGUAGCCAUGUAAAGGUGUCCUGUUAGCGAUGCUAAGUACAGAUAACAUUGUCUUACCAGUUUGUUAAACCAGAUUGAUGAUCACUAAUGAAAUUUGGUACACUUCUACCUAAGUUAACUCUUCGUAAUAGCAGGACCUCAUGCUAACAAACCAGCUCCAAUGUGUGUCUUUCUCCCCUCCUCACCCUACACAACAUUCCUUUCUCCCUCUCUCCCUCUAUAUCUCUCUCUUUCUCUCUCCCUCUCUCUCUCUCUGUUCCAUUCACCUCCUCACUGAAAAUGGCAUCCGGUUUGGUAAAGAAACGAGAACAGGUACUUGGUUUGAGCACGGCAUCCCCUUCUGAGUUGAAGCAUGUCAUUGGCUAACAUUUUGACAGGAUGGAACAGGAGCACAUGCUCUGUAUGCUGUCAGUUCACGUGUUAUUCAGGGGUGUCAAACACAAGUCCAAUUUGACUGCUACCCAGUCCUUGCGCUUAAUAUGCCUAAUCUUUGUGUGCCGAGCAGUUUACAAAUGGAGACCAAAGAGGUGCAGUUAUAGUUACCCUUCCAGAGCUCUUGAGAUAAGAGCAGUAAAAGAAAUACAGUGAGAGGGAAUAUGAGACCAACCUGCUUGCUUCGUAGUACUUUAUAAGCUAGUGUUUUCCCCUUUGUUUUGCCCUUGUUUGAGUUGUACUUUUACAACUGCUAACGUGAUUAUGCGCUAUGGUAAUUGGCAGAGUUAGCCUAAAGUCGACACAGUUUGGCACCCUUGAAUGAAGGCAAGCACUCUUGUCACAGGACUCAACACAGAAGUUACCCUAAUUCUCUUCAUAUGUGUGAAGAAGGGGUUUGGGUUGACCAGGCACAGUUGCUCGGUGGUCAGACACAGCCUCUUAUACCUGCAUGCAGAGAUGUUUGUAACUGGAUGAACAGAGGUGUAAUGUUUUUUAAGACCUUUUGAGAAAGUAAGAACACACCUAUAACCAGCUUUAUCUUAGGGCCUCUGAGGUUCCCUCUGACUAAUAUAUAUAGAACAGUACUGGUGUGAUACAGAAAGACAAGUAAGAGAGUCGGACUGUAGUUGAUGCCUUUCUGUAUGCUGAACCUCAACUCUUUCUUUCUCCUGUUGAUGUUUUUGUCCUCUCCCUCUGCUUGCACUCCUCUUCUCUCUCUCUCUUUUCCUCUCAUUUUCUUCUAUAAAGGUCUCUUGAAAGAGAAGACAGGUGAAGCUCUCAAUGCAACAAGGCGUCUGAGCUGUUAACCUCUGAAAUUUAUAGCAUUAUUUAUUUUGCGUUUGGGUUUUAUUCAAUUGAAACACUUACACCCCUUGAUCAAAAUAUCUUCAACCAUCCACUGCAUUCUAAUUGUCCGGCUGUGCUCCUUGAUGUUGCAGACAGUAUUGCUACUGCAACUUUAUUUAGAAUGACGAAAUUAAUAAAAUGUUAGGGAGCAAGAGGGAGUCGGUAACCAAGUUUACAAAAUUGCAGUUGGAGAUAUUUCUUGACUUCCUUAUCAGCUGAAAUAACUUACUAAAUAUUGUCCCUGUCCAGUCAUGUUACACAACUUAUCAAACUGCCAAUACAUUCAAUUCCCCACAAUUAUCUUCCCCUUCCCUUACACUGACCUAUAUCUUCCUGACUGAAACCUAGUCUCUCCCCGCAAGUCACAAACCAAACCUCAUGCAAUAUUUGGUGUGUCAGCUGUCUUCAAAAUGGCACCUGAUUUCAGCAGUCACUUUUAUUAUUUUUACAGUACCUAAAAAUAAAGCAACACAGCAGCACUUUACUUUCCCCUGAGCCUAUGACCAUGUCCUGCCCUGUGUGAGUGCAAUCCACCGUUAGUUGCAACAUCAGCACAUUUGAUUCCACGGCUUUCACCACUUCUUUCUUAAGAUGAAUUUGAGCACGACCAAUGACAUGCCUAGUCGUAGUAGUUGGACUGAACGUACUCAGGUGAGGACAUGGGAAUACGAUGCAUAGCUUCCUUCCUGGUGGUGAAGGGUAUGGCUGAGAGUGUUCUUACUACCGACCACUCUGCCAUGCCCCCUCACUUGUGCCGGUGGGGUCCUUUGAUUAAAACCCAAACGGUAAAUUGUUGGAGAAUUGCUCAUUUGUCUAAGAGUGUCUAGUCUGUCUCCAGAAACAGAUGUUUGUUGACCUCGGAAGGGUGUGGAUUUAGCUUGACGAUGUGAUUAAGACACUGUAGACUGUCUCUUUCCAGCUGUGGUGGCUACUUCCCCGUGACACCUACGUUGGUGCAAGUUUGUCUCCGACUGUCAUGAUGACUUGGCAUGUUGCAUGCUUGGGAGCCUUGGUCUCCUGGUUCACGAGCAAACGUGUGAUUUUUUGUGUUGGACUUUGACUCUUGGGUAAGGUUCGACGGCACUUGGCUCGCUUAAAGCCCCGAAAGUUCGACAAAAGCAAUGCUAAGAGCAUCUUAGCAAUCGGGAUGGCUGAGGAGGGGCUGUGAUGGAAGACUGUCCCUGCAGGGAAAGGGCGAGCGUUAACGAGCGAGCCCCUACGGCUCUCCCAGGCACGCAGGUCUGCAUCACAGCCUGUCAAUAUCCAUCCGAGGGUCCCGAAAGCGAAACCUCUUCAGACUGUAGCGGAAACAAGAGGUUGAACAAUUGACAGAGCCUUGCAUCCCUCCCCCUUAUGUGAAUUUUCCUUGUGAAAAUCCUCCUGUUAAGAGACUGCCGUUUUAUGAACGCUAGACUGCUUGUAUUGAUGCAGGGAAGUGACCAGGCCUGUGGUCCACUGUGCAUGUGGGAGAACUGCUUCUCCCAAUAUGAGGGUCGACCCCGCCUUAGAUUGCAUGCGUGGGAAUGCAGUCGUGAAGACUGGUUUAGAAGGAGGAGCCUCUGCUAUUUUGCAUCGUUGCAGAUUUUGAAUACUUUGCUGAAGUGCUGAUGAAGUGAUGAGAUCAUCACUGGAAGCAAGCAUAGCUUAAAGGCAAAUAAACUUUUUUCUCCCCGACAGUCGUUGAAUCCUGCAGAAGAAGUUCUCUCCAUCUCUACAGAGAGUAAUCUAGCCCUAGUCAUAAUUUAUAUCUUCAAUUUUGCAUCUGUUUUCUGUGGCUUUAGCUUAUGAUGUUGAUUUUAGAGAAUCACAGGUGCUAGUUGGAUUAUGAAUUUGGAUGGAUUUUUUGCCUCCUGCAAUGGAGAUCAGCAUACAUUUACUUUUAAAGAUCGACUAAAGCUUAAACAAAUAAUGUGUUUUAUCACUCCACAGUACAUUUUGAAUUCAUUUGAAUGAAUAGAAAUCAACACCUACGCAUGUAACUUUUAUAAAGUUAGGUUUCCAAAUAGUGAAGUGUCCACUGAAGGCGCUGAAACCAUGCUCAAUCAAAAUGCCCAAUCUUCCCCUCGUCAUCUUUUCCAGUCAACAUAAGGACACUAAGCUGUUCUGCACAUUUUAGGGAAGUUAGGGAAGUUAUGCUAAACAAGGCCUGUACGGCCUGUGUGUGUGAUGGGGCAUAUAUUUUAUGCCCGCCCCAAAAAUUCUAAUCUCAGACAUGCUGAAAUAUUUCAUGGUCCAGCUCCACAAAAGAUGUGAAAUAGAUGCAGUGAACUGCAGCUACUACAUCAGUACACACAGUCUUUUUCACACAUUUUCAGGAAUAGUUUUCCAACUAUUUCCAAGCAUUUUCAAGCAAAUCUUUUGAAUUCACUUUAGUCGAUCUUUAACCAGUGGUCAAAACUUCCUGAACACAAGAACAUUGAAGGAAAUGGAGGGCCCCUUGAGUCUACGUAGACUGUGGUCAAAGAUCCUUGAUUACUAGCUCCGCUUUAACCCUCUCUGCUGUGGUGGCCAUUUGUAGGCAGUUCAUGCUGUGCAUAGUUCUUCUGGACUGUCAAUGCAAUUGUGGUUACAGUCUUGCAGUCUUACAGUCAAUGCAAUUACAGUUACAGUGUUUGAGAUGACUCAAACUAUACGUACGUUUUGUAAGGCUGUUGAGUGUGCUGUAGGUAAGUCCUGUGGUCAGGUCAGCCAAUGCUCAAUGACCACCACGCUUCCUCUCAUUCCUCUGUGCUCUCCUCUCCUCGCAGUCAGCAAAGCAAAGAAGAAGAAGAUGAUGAAAAUGGGUGUGUGCAAGAGUAUACUAGUGUGUCUUUGACAGAGACGGGUG